AAUAGUUAAGCUACCCCUGAAAAGUGACGUUUUUGGUGGGCUGCAAUAGAUGGCGCUACUUCCGCACGCCCGAGGAAUUACUACAUACCACUAUCUCUUCGUAUAUAGUCUCUUUGGUCCUACCAGAGCAGCAGAUCAGUCUGGAGUUGCAGCCCACAAGAGAAACACCGACAUGGCGACACCAGGCAAAGGAGCACCACUCAGCCAAGGGCAAAAGAAAUUCCUGCUGGAGCUGGUGUCGGAGUCGGAGAAGCCUGUCCUGCAGGACAAGUCUCAUGGGAUGGCGGUCACCCUUGAGAAGGUCAAGGCGUGGCAAGAGAUUGCUGCAGCCUUCAGCCUGAAUUACCCGGCCGAUCCCAAGUCGGAGAAACAACUUAAACGAGCAUGGGAAUACACGAAGAUGAGGGCAAAGAAGAACCACAGCCACCGUGUGCAGCACAUGUUUGCAACUGGUGGAGGGAAACCCAUGCCUUCACCACCUAAAGAAGACCAGCUGAUCAUGUCAACCCUCUCGCGGGAGCUGGAACCUGCGACCCAGCAGUGUGACACCCUGGAUCCAAACAUUGUGGUCGUGGAUGCCUCUGAAGUUGAGCAAUGGCAGCCAGAGGUUCCUUCGUUUGUGAAAACCAUUCUACGUAUUGUGGAAUAUGCUCAUCAACAAGACGCCUCGGAACAUGACUUCUUUCUCUGAAUCGUGGUUUAGUUUAUUCCUAAGGAAUAUGACUUAAGCACUUAUAGUCCAGCCAAAUUGUCGAGUCCGUUUGGGCUCUGCCACACAGUCCCAACACCUAUCUCUUCCUCUCAUAUGUAAGGUAAAGGUAACAUAUGAUAGGAAAAAAUAGGUGUUGGGACUGUGUGGCAGAGCAGAGGGGAAAAAUGGACCCGCGGGAGCCUAUGCCCAAACGGACUUGACAAUUUGGUUGGACUAUAAUUAUAAUUAAUUAAUAUCUUGCUACUUUUCAUAUGAUUCUAUGUGACUCAUACAUUUUAUCAAUAGAGUAAUAUCAUGAUAGUUACCACAGUCCAGUUUCGAGUGUAACCUUCUUUCACUGCUUUUCUAAAUUAUAGUUAAUAUUAUUACUGUACAUCAGUGAUCUUUAUCUGACUUCCGCAUGCACAUCAAAUAUGGUCAAAUAACUAUGUUUUGUUGGUAUUGCCUGAGUUGGAUUGUUGCUUAUCACAGCUUUGACCUAAACUCUGCACCCUUUCAUGUUUAGUUUAGUUCACAUCAAUAGCGGUGUGGCUGAUCCACUAUACAUUGAGGACCUUCUCUUUCCCGUCAGGUGCUGUGGGGGUUAAGAGAGUGGUGUGCUUAGUCUUGUAGGGGGAUUGCCAAGUUAUGUAGGUAUUGAUAUCAAUCUCCAUUCCAGAAUUCAUUGGGGAAAGUGACGAGCCUGUAACUCAGGAGCCCGAUAACACUUCCGUGCCCGAGAGAUUGCAGACAUCUGGAGCUGCAGCAGCUGUCCGCUACGCCCGUCGCAAGCAUCCUCCGAAAAGGCGCCAGGCUGUCAGUGAAAAGGAGGCAGCCUAUGCAAAAAUUAGUGAAACCUGUGACAGCUUAAAAGAGGAGUCACUAAAAGCUAUACGGAUAGUUUGCCAGGCUGCGGAAAGUGUUAUAAUGGCAGCAAACAGCAUCAAGGAUGCAGCAGACAGUGUCAAACAUGCCGCCUGCUAUUUACAAGAAAAAUAUUAAGAAUAGGCGACAGAUUUUUGUAUUAUGCUAAAUUA